UUUUUUUUUUUUGUUUUAACGCUUUGCUUAGUCUGGGGUCCUUGUGAGGACUUGUUUUAGGCGAUGGUGUGUUUUAGGCGAUACUGUGUUCUGCUGACUGCAGUUCUCUUUGGGAGGACACCGAGGCACAUCGGAAGUACGAUAUGCAAAGAAUAUUUUCCUGAGCACCUGUUGGGGUGACUGUGUGUUCUGCUGACUGCAGGAGUCUUCAGGAGGACAUCUAGACACAUCAGAUGCACAAAAUGGAGUCCGUGACCUUUGAGGAUGUGGCUGUGGAGUUCACCUCAGGAGAGUGGGCUUUGUUGGAUUCUAGUCAAAAGAAGCUCUACAGAGAUGUGAUGAAAGAGACAUUUUUGAAUCUUAUGUCCAUAGAGAAAGGACUAGAAGAAAAUAUUGAAGAGGACUACAAAGAUCUCUGCAGAAAUCUGGGAACUCAGUUGGUUGAGAAAGACUGUGAAUAUAAAUAUGAUAGUCAGUGUGAUGGCAACCAUCAUCCAAUUCAAAAGAAUAUGGUUAAUGGAGACAACCCUCCUGCAGUAAUAGUUGAUGAAAGCCCAUUGCUUGUAAGAAACAUCAUUGAUCAUUCAUCCUCACAUGUAUAUCUUAGAGAUCAAACUACAGGGAAAGAAUCUCAAUGUAAGGAAGCUUUUAUACAUCAGAAACAUUGGGAAAAUAUCAGUAAUUCUGAAUCACUUCAGGUACUUGAAACUUCUCCCAGAGAGAAAUCUCAUGAGAAUCAGCAGUGUAAGGAAGACUUUAGGAGUCUCCCUUCUAAUCAGCAUCAUGACAGAACACAAUGUGGUGAUAAACUCAAUCAGAACAUAUUAAGGAGAUAUACAUUUGGCCCAAAAGAUGAUGGAAUCCAUACAGAAGUGAAAUCAUUUGUUCACAACCACAGUGAAGAAGCCUCUAUUGAUUCCAAUAACCUUAUCAACCCUGAAAAAGGUCAUAUUGGAAAGAAAAAAUACAGUUGUAAGCAAUGUGGGAAAACAUUUCAAUAUGCUUCAUGUUUUGAGAAACAUAAAGUAACUCACACUGGAGAGAAGCCUUAUGCAUGUAAGCAUUGUGGAAAAGCUUUCACCAGUUCUAGUUGGUGCAACACUCAUGAAAGGGGUCACACUGGAGAAAAGCCUUACAUGUGUAAGCACUGUGGAAAAACCUUCAGAAGUUCCAGUUACUGCAACAUUCAUGAAAGAGUUCAUACUGGAGAGAAACCUUAUGCAUGUAAGCACUGUGGCAAAACCUUUGCCAUUUUGAGGUCUCGUAACUGUCAUGAGAAAAUUCACACUGGAGAGAAGAUUUACGCAUGUAAAGAUUGUGGAAAAACCUUCUCAAGUCCCACUUCUUGUUGCAUUCAUGAAAGAAUUCACACUGGGGAGAAACCUUAUACAUGUAAGCAUUGUGGCAAAACCUUUGCAAGUUUGACUGGGUGUAUCACUCAUGAAAGAAAUCAUACUGGAGAGAAGCCUUAUGCUUGUAAGCAUUGUGGAAAAGCUUUCAACAAUUCCAGCUAUCGCAAUGUUCAUGAAAGAAUUCACACUGGAGAGAAACCCUAUGCAUGUAAGCACUGUGGCAAAACCUUUGUCAUUUUGGGUUCUCUUAUCACUCAUGAAAGAAGUCAUACUGGAGAGAAGCCUUACACAUGUAAGCAUUGUGGAAAAGCCUUUUCCCAAGCCAGUUAUCGUAAUAUUCAUGAAAGAAUUCACACUGGAGAGCAACCUUAUGCCUGUAAGCACUGUGGCAAAACUUUUGCCAUUUUGAGUUCUCGUAAUACUCAUGAAAAAAUUCACACUGGAGAGAAGCCUUAUGCAUGUAAGCAUUGUGGGAAAGCCUUCACCAGUUCUAUCUGGUGUAAUGCUCAUGAAAGGGGUCACACUGGAGAGAAACCUUAUGCAUGUAAGCAUUGUGGGAAAAUGUUUGCCAUUUUGAGUUCCCGUAACACUCAUGAAAAACUUCACACCGGAGAGAAACCUUAUGCCUGUAAGCAUUGUGGUAAAGCAUUCACCAGUUCCGGUUACCGUAACAAGCAUGAAAGGGGUCAUACUGGAGAGAAGCCUUAAACAUGUAAACAUUGUGGAGAAACCUUUGCCAAUUUCAAUUGAUGUAACUCUCAUGUAAGAAUCCAUACUGGAGAGACAUCUCAUACACUUAAAAAUUGUAGAAUCCUUCGCCAGCUCCUCUUACUGUAAUACUCAUGAAAGGAUUUGCACCAGAGAGAAAUUGUUUCCAUAUAAUGUAUAUCGGAAGCUGUUCCUUCAGGUUUAUUAUCAUACCAGGCAUGAAAGAAUUCACUGAAGAAUGAAGACUUGCACAUAGAAAUUAUCAGAAGAAUAUAUUGAAGAAGGCUACAAAGAUCUUGGCAGAAAUAUGGAGUAAUUUAUAUUCAAUAGAAAGCAAUUCAUAUCAAAAGUUUGGGAAUCAUGGGACAACUGAGAACUUGCCAAAUGAUCCAAAUAUACCUAAGUGAAAAAUGAUUCUACUCAAAUUUAUUUAACAGAGCAUUGAAUUGUGUCAUUCAAUAUUUGAAUAUCUUAUAUAUGUAAUGUAUGAGUAUCACCAACAUGUGAUGCAACAUAAAUUUCUGUAAGAGCUGUUCCCGUGGUUAAUUAUACAAAACCUCCCUCUCAUAUCUAAAAGUAUUUACUACCUUUCUAUAUAUUAUUUUGAGGCUUUGAAUAUUAGUCGUAUGUUUUGUUUGCUUUCUUUUGCUGUGACCAAAACCAACUCUGGGGUGGAGCUCAUUUUUAUUUACUCUUCCUUGUCACAGUCCCACAAUAAAGGGAAGCCAGGGCAGGAACUCAAGCCUGGCAGGAACCUAGAGGCAGGAACUGAAGCAGAGGUGAUGGAGAAAUGCUGUUUACUGGUGUGCUCCUCAUCUCUUACUCAGAUACUUCCCUUUUCCAGCAAUAGCCACAUCUCUAGGGAGAUAUCACUCGUAAUGGGCUGGGCCACUCCACAUCAAGCAGUAACCAAGAAAAUGCCCCCAAUGACAUGCCUAAAUAUCAAUCUGAUAGAGCCAUAUUCUCCAUUAAUGCUCUGUCUUCUCAGAUGUGUGUCCUUGCUUGUGUUAACAAAAACUAACCAGCACAGUAGAUUGCUUGUCAAUGUGACACACAAAUACAUGACUAUUAAUGUAUAACCUUUCAUGUUUUGUUUGUUCCUAAAUAUAGCUGAGAUCACAAUAUAGCCAGGUAGUGGUGGCAUGCACAUUUAACCCUAGCACUCAGGAGGCAGAGUCAGGUGGAUCUUUGAGUUCAAGGACAGCCAAAACCCAAAACAAGUAAGUAAAUAGGUUAAAAAAUAUAUAAAGCAAAAUAUAAGAUUAGAAGUCUCCUGGUAUUCAAAAAUCUCAUGCACUUUAAAUGUUCCAUCUCUUUAAAAAUUUGAUAUCUCUUUAAAAGAACAAAAGGUCUCUAUGGUAAGUUCCUGAAAAAUCUUAACUACGUUUUUAUUUCUCCUUUUUAAAAAAGAAGAACCAGUGCUGACUUCUGUACCAGGCUUUUUCUGUUGGGGCACCAACCAGCUCCCAAAUCAUGAUGCAGAGUCUUGUUGUUAGUUUUGAAUACUUGGCCUUAGCUUAUGUUCAUUUCUGGCUUUUAUAACUUAAAUGAACUCAUUUCUCUUCGUCUACAUUUUGCCUUGGGGCUUUUUACCUUUUCUUUCUGUAUGUCCUAAUCUGUCUGGUUGGUAGCUGCCUGGCUGGCUGGCCCCAGGUGUCUCCCUUUCUUCCUAUCUCACCCUUUCCUUUAUUCUUCUAUUUUUCUGCUUAGAUUUCUCCUCCUACUUAUUCUCUCUGCCCACAAGUCCUACCCAUCCCUCUCCCACCUAGCUAUUGGUGUUUCAGCUUUUUAUUAGACCAAUCAGGUGCCUUAGUCAGGCAAGGUGAAACAGCAACACAUCUUUUCAUAAUUAAACAAAUGUACCAUAAACAAAUUUAAUAUACCCUUACAGUCUGAACAAAGGCAGCAGAAACAAAUGUAACACACAUUUACAGUUAAAGUAAUAUUCUAUAGCAUAAACAAAUGUAACACAUCUUACAUAAAUAUUCCACAACAAAUUUUCACUCAGAUCAAAGCAAAACCCUCGCUCUACAGUGUAAAUCAUGACCUCUAGCCCCAUAUCUGGGAUUCACUCACAGUAUUUUGAUUUAUAUGUGUCUUGCAUGAUCCAGCCUUUUUGGUUCCUCCAUGCACAGAACAUAUAACUUGGCUGAUUGUCUCAGACUCAUUUUAUCCUACAGUUGUUUCAGUCCUUGGAAAUCUUCCCAUGUGGUACUGGCCUCUCUAAUAUGCCAGAGGCUCAACACAGUGCUUCUUCACCAAUGGCCUAGCUCCUCUUUAGUGACUUAUAUCCUACCAUAUUGUGCCAAGUCUGUAGCUAGAGUUUUCCUGCCUGGCCCACAGUCAGGACAAAUCUCUCUCACCCGCCAGUCCCACAGCCGCUCAGACCCAACCAAGUAAACACAGAGACUUAUAUUGUUUACAAACUGUAUGGCCGUGGCAGGCUUCUUGCUAACUGUUUUUAUAGCUUAAGUUAAUCCAUUUUCAUAAAUCUAUACCUUGCCACGUGGCUUGUGGCUUACCUGCAUCUUCACAUGCUGUUUGUCAUGGCGGCGGCUGGCAGUGACUCUCCCAGCCUUCUGCUUCCCAGAAUUCUCCUCUUUCCUUGUCCCGCCUAUACUUCCUGCCUGGCAACUGGCCAAUCAGUGUUUUAUUUAUUGACCAAUCAGAGCAAUUUGACAUACAGACCAUCCCACAGCACUUCCCCUUUUCUUUUUUUUAAAGAGGAAGGUUUUAACUUUUACACAUCUCCAAAGCCAGCUUGGUAUAUUUGGGAAUUUGGGCGUAGCUUCUCUUACUACUUUCUGUUGGAGGGGGCCACUGUAUCUUAUGGGAACACAAAGAAAAUUUUAGGAUUAUGGAGUAGUCCAUGAGGGUGUAUCGUCUGAGCCAGUUGCCUUGAAACAGUUCUGGAUGUUGGAUCAUCUAGGCCUUGGUGUCAUUGGAGACCUUUCAGGGGGUCUUGGCUGGUCAAACCUGAUGUAUCUUAAUCUGGGACAAAUCCAUAGCCUCUGGCUUUCUGUGGAAACAAAAGCAGAGCCUCUUUUCCAAAGCAACAUAUCCUUACAUCCAAAUUUUGAAGUCAAGGUACCUUUAAAAUAUACAUUUUGGCAUAACUCAACAGCUUUUGUAAUCAAAUGUUUUUUUUCAGUUACGAAUAUCAAAGAGAACAUAAUCCAGAUUCUCUGUGUGGUAGCCAUCUUUACGUGGCUUAUUUUUUAUAUUACCUUGAACCUAUUGCUUUAAAUUGCAGCCUUCUAAGCCUGAAAUGGCACUGGCGCUGCAGCUGCUGUCUCCACCCACUUCAGCUUCCCAACAUGGCGGAGGUACGUUUUCCGCCAGCUCUGGGAGUCAUCAACUCUCAGAAAUAGUGGGUCUAUGCUUCUAUCAAAGCAGCGUGUAGCCCAGAAAUCUCUUUUUUUGUUUUGUACUAGCAAAGGCUAAAUCCACCACACAGCUUAAUGUGCCAAACUGCAGGUCGAGCACGCACGCUAGGAACCCGCCAGUAGCUCAAACCGGCAGGCUGCCCCUCAUUUGAGAGAAACAAUUAGGAAGCUGUUUUUAGCUUCGUUUUAGAAACUUUUCUCAGGUUUUAGGUGGAAACUCUUGCCCCACGUUGGGUGCCAUUUGUAGCUAGAGUUUUCCUGCCUGGCCCACAGUCAGGACAAAUCUCUCUCACCUGCCAGUCCCAUAGCUGCUCAGACCCAACCAAGUAAACACAGAGACUUAUAUUGCUUACAAACUGUAUGGCCGUGGCAGGCUUCUUGCUAACUGUUUUUAUAGCUUAAAUUAAUCCAUUUUCAUAAAUCUAUACCUUGCCACGUGGCUCGUGACUUACCGGCAUCUUCAUAUGCUGUUUGUCAUCGUGGAGGCUGGCAGUGUCUCUGACUCAGCCUUCCACUUCCCAGAAUUCUCCUCUCUCCUUGUCCCGCCUAUACUUCCUGCCUGGCAACUGGCCAAUCAGUGUUUUAUUUAUUGACCAAUCAGAGCAAUUUGACAUACAGACCAUUCCACAGCACUAGUCUCAGCUUCUCCUAAACCUCUUCUAUCCUGUCGUUUCCAAUUCAACUAAAUCUGCACCUUCAGUGAUGGCCUCCCCUGCCCUUUGGUGGUGUUAGGCUGAGUUUCUCUCCAAGAUCCCUUCAAUCCUGCAGCUCUCAAGAUGCCAAGACCAGUACUGCCUGGAAAAAAGCUCAUAAAUUACCAUGUUCUGCAGCCGAUUUGAGAUGCAGUCUUGGCACCCUCUGGACCAUUUGUCUGUGUGCCAACUGAAAUCUCUUAAUAUUUCCCUUAAAUGAUGCUGUUUUCUUGUUAAUCCCAGCUCUGUUUUCAAGCUCAGCUGACAAGAAAGCACAGUCUUAAUAUAAAAUGUCACAGAAACUGCCUCGGUAGAGGCUUUUAUGACCCGUCCGUCAUUUCUGAAACUGCAUAAACCAGACUUCCCUCUUUUCAUUGCUCUCAGCAUUGCAUCCUCAGAGCUCAUUAAGAACUGAGCAUUCAGUGAUUUUUCCAGCUUGAUAUUCUAGGCAUUCUCUCAGUCCUCAUUAAAACCAUGGUCAGCUCUCUAAGCAUUACCCCAUGAACCUGGGGGCCAAAUCUAUUGUAGAGUCCUCUCUGUUCCUGUGAUAAACACCAUAACCAAAGUCAUCUUUGGGGCAGUGGAGCUCAUUUUUGCUUACACUUCCAUGUUACAUAUAGUUCAGCAAAAGAAGGCAGGUGGGAGCUAGAAAUAGGUGGAAACCUGGAGGCCGAACUGAAUUGGAGACUGAGGAGAAAUGCUGCUUACUAUCUCGCCCUUCGUAGGUUACUAAGGCACCUUUAUAGACUCAUACCCACCUACCCAGGGGCACAGCUCUCCUUCAUCAAUGAGGAAUGAGAAAAUGCUCCCACAGACUUGUUUCCAGGCUGAUCUCAUUGAGCCAUUUUCCCAGUUGAGGGUCCCUAUUCUCAGAUGACCCUAGCUUGGGUGAAGUUUGUAACUAAGUAACCAACACAGGCUGAGUAUUUAGAAUGCAAAAAUGUCAGUAUUUCACUACUUUAUGUGAUUGUUAUGUCUCUUAAUGCCAAGGCCUUUGCGUGCAUGUUCACUCUUUUAGGCGCCCUUAAUUAUUUUAUGUGUAUGUGUGCUUGUGACACCAUCUUUGAAAAAAAAAAUUGUGGAGGCCAGAAGAGAGAGGGCAGCAGAUCAUUCAGACCAAGAGUAAUAGGAACUUGUGAGCCUUCAUAUGAAUGCUGAUAAUCAAACUCUAGUGUGUUGGAAGAGCAAGAAUUGUUCUUAACCCCUCAGCCAAUGUUACAGCUCCUUUAUAAUUCUUAUAGAAGUAAAGUCAAUUCUCUGCUCCUUUACACACGCAGGGUCUUUAUUGUAGUCCAUAUUGUCCUUAACAGUAAUGGCAUUCUUCUGCCCCUGCAAUAGUAUGGUUGCAGUGGUCCACACAAGCCAGCCUCCAACAGUUCACUUGUUUACAGUAAUGCUCUUUUCAUUUUUUGGAAGAACUCAGGUAGUUGAGAAAGUCUGUGGAUAUAAAUGUGAUAGUUAGUGUGAUGAAACAAUUCCAGAGAAUAUGGUUAAUGAAGACAUGCCUCCCUUCAUAAGAGUGUAUGAAAGCUGACUGCAUGUAUGAAACAACAUUGUUCAUUCAUCCUUACAUAUGUACCUCAAAGACAAACUAGGAGAAACAAUCUGAAUAUGUGGAAGUUUUGGCAGCUUUUACACAUCAGAAACACUGGAAAGGUAUCAGUCGUUCUGAAUCACUUCAGAUACUUGAAUUUUUUUUCUACAGAGAAACCCUGUGGAAGUGAAUAAUAUAAUCAAGCCUAUAGGAGCCGUUCUUUUGAUCAGUCCCAGGAGAGAAAUCACACUGGAGAUAAACUUAAUGCGACUAUCUUAAGAAGAUACACCAUAAUAAAAAUGGUGUUAGGGAGUUGUGAUCACAUAUUUUUGCAUUUAUAAAUAUAUAUGCAACAAUAAUAAAGAAAAACAUGCCUUCAAUUUCAUACGGUAUUGUGGAGACAUUGGAAGGGUUGAAGGGAAGUGUAAUUAAUGUUUAAUUAGACUUUUAAAAGUGUUUGGAAAGUUGGUUCAACAGUUGUAAAUAUCGUACUGAACUCAGGUUCAGUAAUAGGCACACUCAUGGUGGCACACAAAUGUCUUUGAUUACAGAUGCAAGGCAUUCAAUGCCUCCUCUGGACUUUAGAAAACAUAAUGUCUUUGGUGUCAUUGUAUACUGAUUAAUUUUUAUUGUUAAUUUGACACAAAACGAGCAUCACUUUAGAAGAGAGAAUUUCAAUUUUGAAACUAUAUUGAUCAGAUAGGCCCUCAGUGAUGUCUGUGAGGGAUACUUUUGAUGGAUUUGGGAGUGCCUAGUCCAAGAUGGUCAGCAUCAUCCUUAUGCAGGUUUGUGUAGUCAAUAUAAGAAUGCUAACUGAUUAUGAGCCAGUAAUCACAUUUUUCCAUAGUUCCUGCCAUGGCUUCCCUCAGUGAUGGAUUGUGACCUGAAAGUGUAAGCCAAAUUAACUCUUUCUUUGCCUAAAUUGUUUUUUUUUAUGGUAUUUAUCACAGCAACACAAAGCAAUUCAAAGCACUUAGCAAUGUCAGAAAACUCUACCAUGUGGCGUAAUCUUCAUAGAUAUUGUGGGACUAUUCAAAAAGUGAUCAGAUUCCAAUUGUUUAAAGUUGAUACACAACAAAAUGGUAGCUUUGGUAUGAGAAGGUAGAUUUGUACAGUGUGUUUCGUUCUCCUUUCCUCUUGCAUUUUGAGGACAAGAGGGUGUAGACUUGGAUACUUUCUGCCUUUAUAAUGAAUAAAGUUAUAUUUGCUCCUCCUCAGUCUUAGUUCCCUUCCAAUUACUUCUUGCCUCAUAUUUUUUCUAUUUGUUGACAUGCUUUUAAAAGUUUUAGUCUAGUUUAUUGAGGCAGGGGAUUACAUGAAUGUAAUACCAAGCAUGAAGACAAGGAAAAUAUGCAGAUUAAUAUCUCUGUUUGGAUCCUGAUGGUCAGCAAUUCCUUUCUCUGGCAUAAACUGUGACCAAGAUGUGGUCAUGUGACUGAGGAAAACUAUAAGCAUGAUAGAAAUAAGGUCUAGGAGGAUGUCCAUAAGGGUUGCACUAGCCAAGGCAUCUCUCUCUUGAAUGUAGAUUUUUAUAAUCCUCAUAAAAAAAAACGAACUGGUUAGUGAUAUAAAUAUUUAAAAAUAUCCAUCACAACUAAAUAGUAAUCAUGGAGUGUAUUAGACUUUUAGAUUAUUUUUCAAUCAUUAAUGAUAAUGUCCUUGUACAAUAGAUCUAAAGAAGGGAAUACUAGACUUCCAGAGUGGGUUCUUUUGUUUUACAGACAUUUCAUAUAACAUAGCCAUUGGAUCCUAAGGGAAACAUAGUUUACACUGUCUCCAAAAUAUUGUGGCCACAUGUCCACAUUUUUGCCAAAUCAUUCCAGAUUCUUAAAAAAUAAUGAUCUAUAUGCCAGAAAAAAUACAUUUCCUCUUGGAAAAAAGGUCAAGUUUAAACCCUGCCAGUGAAGGCUACUUGUGGAUCCCGACUCUCUGACUGGGAAGCUUAUUCCUGGAUGACUAAUUAAAGCUAGAUUUCAGUGGAAACCAUGCUAUCCCAGUCCUUGGUAAGCCUUUAGGCCUUGGUUCUAGCCAAAUUGACUGGAAUUGAGCAGUGUAAUAACUACAUUAUAAGGGGUCCAUUAACAAUAUUCAAACUGUGUCAGAUCAACUUAGCUUCACCAGAUCUCAAGUAAGCAGGAGAUAUUUAACCCCAACCUUAGCAUCUAUUGAAACCCUCAGUAUGAAAUUUAGGCCUCUAUUAAAUCUUAUAAAUAAAUAAAAUGUUAUUUAUUUCUAUAUAAGAAUAUUUACUUUCACCAUGAAAAAUAAUUUUAAUUCAGACAUGAAGAGUUAGCAUGGAUACAGAACUUUUAAUAAUAAUUUAUGUUCAGAAAUUUCUAAUUUUUAUUUCAUAUUUGGUGAUAUUCAUGGUUAGCAAAAAUAGUAAGACAAAUUUAUUUUUAUGACAGUUUGGAUGUUGUACUGUCUUGUUUUUGGUGUCAACUUGACACAAGCUAGGGUCAUCAGAGAGGAAGGAACUGCAGUUGAGGAAAUGCCUCCAUGAAAUCAGCUAUAAGGCAUUUUGUUAUUAGUGAUCAGUGGGGGAGGGCCCAGCCCAUAGUGGGUGGUGCCAUCUCUGGGCUGGUGCUCUUGGGUUCUAUAACAAAGCAGGCUAAGCAAGCCAGUAAGCAGCACCCCUUCAUGGCCUCUUCAUCAGAUCUUGCCUCCAGGAUCUUGUCCUCUUUGAGUUCCUGUCCUUGACUUUCUUCAGUGAUGAGCAGCAAUGUCAAUGUGUAAGCCAAGUAAAACCUUUCCUCCCUGAUUUGGCUUUUGGUCAUGGUGUCUUGUUGCAGCAAUAGAAACCCUAACUAAGACAAAUUGGUACCAGGAGUGGGGUAUUGCUGUGAGAGGCCGUAUCAUGCUUUUGUCUAAAAGACUAUAGACCUUUGACUAUGGAUUAGAAAAAGCAGUUGGACUUUGGAUUGGAAAAGCAGUUGAAUGCUCUAGUUGCUGCUUAAUGGGACAUCCUAGAAGAGCAUGGAAGACAGUGGUGCUGAAUGUGAUCUGAACUGUGGGUACCUAGAUCAAGACAUUUUGGAGGACAAGAAUGUUAGUAUGUAGUGUAGAGACUGGUUUUGUGAUAUUUUAGUGAAGAAUUUGGCUGCCUUUUGCCCUUGUCCAAAGAGUCUGCCUGAGGCUAAAAUGAAGAGUUUGGGAUGAAUUCCAUCUGCAGGGGAAAUCUGAAAAUAGCCUAGUAUAGACUGUCUUGUGGUUAUUAGUGUUAACUUUAAUGAAGAUUUAUAAUGAAAAGGAGCAAGCUACUCAAAUAAAAAUACAAAAUGUAUAGACUGGGAAAAGGAGCACCUGAAGUGGAAUAGAACUAAAUCCUGUGUUCAAGGAGAUAAAGAGUUUAAGAAAUGGAAUAAAGGGAGUGGUGGUGACUGAAUGAAAGAAAAGAAAAAAGAAAGGAAAGGACAUGAGUAAUCCUAGGUAUGGUGGAGGAGAAAGUUUAUAGUGGAUAUGUGGGAAAGCAUAGUCAGAGGCACGGAUAUCUGGAAGAGUCCUGAGUGGACAUGACCAGGCUGAGCUGGGCCAUGUGGGGAGAGGGGAAGAGGAAGGGAGAAAGGAGAACCAGUUGUAGCAGCCAGGAGGCCAAAGGUACAAGAGGGAGGAGGGUAACCAAAAUGUCUGGAUUAUAUAGAGAAGAGCCUCUGGAGAAAGGUUAGCCCAGGCUCUGGGCUGGAGAGUUCAGGGUAGAGGGUGGGAUGUGCAAGCCAUACCCUGUAACAUGUAGGGACUGAGCGAUGCUGGGAGAACCUGGCGGCUAGGUCCAGCUUUGAAUGGAAUGAGAAAUCUGCCUGACUCCAUUUUGAAGACAGGAGCCAUUAUGGUGUAUUUUUAAAAAUAAGUUUCUAUUUACUAUGAGAGUUGAGUUGCUGUCUGUUUCCUGGAAACUGACCUUCCCCAACACAUGACCUUGGUUUAUUUUUGAGAAUAUACCCUUACCCUCUCUGAUCCUCUCUAAUCACAUGCUUACCAUCUGACGUUUUUUAAAGAUUUUUCUGUAUUUCAUUAUUGUCCCAUUGUCUCCAUUCUAUAAACUGUUCACGACUUUACUCCUUCAAGGGAUCAGGAGAUAGAUUCAGGGCUGCUCCUCUCUCUUUUUUUUUUCCCUUGUGGAGAGUAUAUUAUAAUAGAGAGAUGAAGAGAAAGAUAGGAAAGAGAGAGACAGAGAGAAAGAGAGAGCCAGGUCUGCUCUCUUUAACCUGAAAUUCUGAGGCUUCUAGCACAUCUCCUAUUAAUAACUGAUCAAUUUCAUCACUACCUUAUGCUAGAGCGUCUAGUAGACACAUUUGGGAUCUGAUAUGUGUUAUAUUCAAUGGAUGUUUUCUAUUUCUGAUUACUUGUAAUUGAAUGAAUAACAAGUUAAUUCUGAGUCAUCUGGAGUAAGUUCAGUGGUUUCAAUAUGUAAAACAACUUUCUUCAUAUUGAGAGUCAGUAACUAUAUUAAGAGAUUCAGGAAAAUCUAAGAAUACCAUAAGAAUGGCAUAUAGCUCUGAUUUUUGAACUGAAUUAUAAGAGCUUUGAGGCAUUUUACUUAUUUUCCCUGUCUUACAGCCUUCCCUUCCUGAUUUAUUUACAUCAGUAUAGAAUGUAGGGACUCCAGAAAUUGGUGUCCCUUUUACUAUAUGUGGGAGAAUUCAAUUAGUUCUUUUUAUAAUCUGAAGUCUUUGUUUUGGGGAUAUUUGUUGUUAAUAUCUCCAAAUCUAUUUGCCAACAUUUAUUUUCUGCCAAUAAUGAGACAAUUUCAGCAUUAGUAAAAGGUAUCACAAUUUCUGCUGGGUCUAUUCCUGCUAAUCAACAAGGUCUUAUUUUUCCUUUCAGAAAUCUAUUCUACAUAGGUCUUUUAAGUUUUUACUCUCUUUGUGUGCUAAAAAAAAUACAUUCUAAGAUAUUAUUUUCCCUCUGCAUAAGAAUUCCUAUGAGUAGGAGGCAAAAUAAAUAAAAUAUAAUUGGGCUCUGGAUCCAAGUGAUCUACAUGUGCAUCUAGUAAUUUCUUUUCUAUCAGAAACAGUUCUCUUUCAACCUCAGCUGAUAAUUUUCUUGGGUUAUUUAAGUCCUUAUCACCUUGUUAGGUUUGAAAUAAAUCACUUAGCUCUUGAGUAGUUUAAUACAAUUGUGGUCUGUAGCCAGUUAGUAUCUCCCAGAAAACUUUGAAAAUAAUUGAGAGUUUGUAAUUGAUCUCUCCUGAUUUGUACUUUUUGUGGUUGAGUUUUUUGUAAACCUAUCUUACAGCCUUGAUAAUUGAUAGAAUCUCCUUUUUUGUAUGUUUUCAGGAACAAUUUUUAACCCCCAGCAACGUAAAAUUAUCUUUACUUCAUCAAAUAUUUUUUCUAAAUUAUCUGCCUCUGAAUCAACCAGCAAUAUAUCAUACAUAUAAUGAUAAAUUUUAGAGUGAGGAAACUUUAUAAAUUAUUUCUAAUGCCUGUUGUAUAAAAUAUUGAAACAAACUGGGGCUUUUUAACAUUCCUUGUGGAAGAAUUUCCAACUAAUAUCUUUUAACAGGUUGAGUAUUAUUAUAAUUAGACAUUGUGAAGGCAAGUUUUUUUCUUUAUAUGGUUCUUUUAAAGGUAUAGUAAAUAAAGGAGUCUUUUAAAUCAGUUGCUAUAUAGAUCAUCACUUAGGUAAUAAAGAAGGCAAUGCAAAACAAAAGAAGGCAAUGAAAUUCCAGUCUGUAAAGAGACCAUUGACUGAAUCACCUUAUUUAUGGCUCUUAAAUCUGUUUAUAUUCUCCAUUUUCCAGAUUUCUUUUUAAUGACAAAUAUAGGAGCAUUCCAAGGACUGGUCAAUUCUUCAAUAUAUUGAGCAUUUAUCUGCUCCUGUACCAGCUGUUCUAGUUCUUGUACCUUUUCUGAUGUCAAAGGCCAUUGUCUCCCCGGACACACAGGUUUAUCCAUUAACCAUUUUAAAGACAGGGUAGUUGGUACCUUUGAAAGACCAACAGCUGUUGUGUUCUUCUUCUGUACAACCUGAAUUGUCUGUGACUAUUCUUGAUAAUACCAUAAUACCUUUUAAAGUUUUCUCAGAAGCAUUCUUUUUUUUUUUAAUUUUUCUAGACAGGGUUUCUCCAUGUAGUUUUGGUGCCUGUCCUGGAUCUUGCUCUGUAGACAAGGCUGACCUCGAACUCACAGAGAUCUGCCUGCCUCUGCCUCCCAAGUGCUGGGAUUAAAGGUGUGUGCCACCAUUGCCCAGCAUCAGAAGCAUUCUUUAUCAUUUGCUUCUGAGAUUGAAGGAAUGUUAACCUGUGUUUUCCAUCAGUGCAAGAAAUCAUGUCCCCAUAAAUUCAUUGCUAUGUUAGUCACAUAUGGCUUUAAUUUUCCUAUUUGUCCUUCUGGUCCUAUAAACUCUACCCAUCUUUUACUUUGUUUUACCUGAAAUAAAGUUCCAAUGCCUAGAAGAUGAAAAUUUACUUCCUGAAGAGGCCAAUCUGGAUGCCAAGAUUUUUGUGAAAUUAUUGUUAAUCUGCUCCAUCUAGUAAUCACUCAAUUACAAUGUCAUGUAUUUGUAGUUUUCACUGAGACCAAAGUGAAAACUACAAAUACAUGACAUUGUAAAACAAAAAUUUUUUGUUUUAGCUACCAAUACUACUCUGUUCUUGAUUACAUCCAAAUCAGUGUUUUAACAACAGACAUUAAAUUUUCUAAUUGUUUUGUGGAUGAGUUUCUCUGAUGCUGACAGUGAAUGAUUGAAUCCAAUUUGGUAUCAGGACCUGCAGGAGGCCCCCUAGUGUAUUUUCUGGUCGCAAAGGGUUACCUUUCCUCUCCCUUGUUGAUCUGCAUUUGUUAGUCUAAUGCUGGCCUUUGAUACUUUCUGUACACUCCAGAAGAUUGGGGCCUUGUGUUUGGAUUAUUUCUAGAAAAGACAUUGUUUCUAGAAAUGCCUUGCCUACAAUCCCUUUUCAAAUUACCUUGCUUAACACAAUUAAAACAUCUGAAACUUUGAUUUUUUUCUUAGAAGUUUUAGAAAUUACUUCUCCUAUCAGAAUAUCAUAAUAAACAUGAGAUCCAAUGUCAGCUGUAUUUCUAAUCAAUUCAUCUAUUGGUGCUGAUCUUGCUUUUAAAGACUUAAACACAUCUUUGCCUUCUGAAUUAGCAUUUUUGAAAGCUAAAGAAUCGAUUAAUAUUUGUCUGCUUUCUGGAUCUGAUAUUAUUCUAUUUACAGUUGAGGUCAAUCUUUGCAAAAAAAAUUAGUGAAGGCUUUUUAAAGCCUUGUUUAAUUUUAGUAAAUGACUUAGAAUUUAAGGAAUUUUUUUUUCCUUUUCGAGACAGGGUUUCUCUGUGUAGCUUUGCACCUUUCCUGGAACUCACUUUGUAGACCAGGCUGGCCUCGAACUCACAGAGAUCUGCCUGCCUCCACCUCCUGAGUGCUGGGAUUAAAGGCGUGCGCCACCACUGCCCAAAUUUAAGGAAUUUAAAGCCCCUAAAUUAUAUAGUGCCAAUGCCAUAGUGCUCACCAAAUUCAAACUGCCUUUUAAACCCAGCAUAUUGACCUUCACCUAGGAAUUGAUCUUGGGAAAUAUUAGUAUUUCUAGCCCUAUUUGAUUGUUCUAUGGCCCUAGCUUCCUAUUUCCACCAUGUUCUCCAUUGUAACUGAGGAUCCUCUUUGAAUAUUGCUGUUGCCAAGUCUUUCCAGUCUUGGGGAAAAAUCUGUUCUGAGUUGCCCAUCAAUCUAAUAUGUGCUUCACAUAGGGUGAAUGCAUACCACCUGAAACAAUGACUUCCAUAAGUCUCCUGAAAUCUAAGUAUUCCAUUGAACUUCUUCAUAACCUUUGUGGGUGCCUAUCAUCUGCUGGUAGUUCUUGUAUAGUAACUGGAAAAACUAAGAUUGGUUUUCUAACAACCUUGGUCCAUCCCUCCUCAGUUUCAUCAUGUACUAGCAUGGUAGGGUCUUGUCUAAAUUCCUCUGUAUUUGAAUAUUUUUCUUACGUUUUAAAAAAAAGUCUUUCUAACGCUUGUAUCUUAUCAAUCCACAUCUCAUAUUUGACACAAAAUCCACUAUGGCUACUAAGGAUAAAAUAUGAAUUACUAGGAUGAUAGAAAUUACAAUCAGCACUAUAUCAAUCCUAGCUAAGUAAUUUAUCCCCUAAUUUCCUGCUUCUGUUUUCAAGCCACCCAAAGUGCUACUAUAUGGGGUCCCAAUGCCAUGCAUUAUAACUCCCAUUCUCAAUGUAGGAAAGUUUUUUUUUAUUUUAAUAUUACUCAACUCUCUCCUUAAGGACCUCACAGGUGUCUUAUCAAAUCUGAUAACUUCUAAUUUUUUUCUGCUGCUGGGGUGAUUUCUCUGUCUGUGUGGUCACACCACACCUUGAAGCACCAAAUGUUUUUAAUUAUGUCUCUACUGUUCUAUUUUACCAAUAAAGACUGUUAGCUACAGCAUUUCUUUGUUUAGAUUUAGACUGGAUGACCUCUCUAUUGGAGAGAUGAGAUAUUGAAGUAUCCCCUUAUUAUUGUGUGAGAGUCAGUAUGUGGUUUAAACUGUAGUCGUGUUUCUUGUAUGAACUUAGGCCCACAGUGUUUGGUGCAUAGAUGUUUAGAAUUGCAAUAUGCUCUUAGUUCAUUUUUCUUUGCCUGAGUAUAUAGUCGCCUCUAUCUUUUAUAAUUAAUUUUGGCUUGAAGAGUAUUUUUUCAGGUAUUAAAAUGGGAACUUUGACUUGCUUCUUGGAUCCAUUUGCUUGGACCAUCUUGUUCUAUCCUUUUAUCCAGAAAUAAUAUCUAUCCUUGAUUGUAAGGUAUGUUUCCUAGAUGCAGCUAUUUUGUUGGUGUGGGAUGUGUGUGUUCCCUUCUUUUGAUUUGAUGGUCUGGGAUUAUUUACUCCUUGUGUUUCUUGGGUGUGGUUAACCUCUUUAGGUUACAGUUUCCUUCUAGCGCAUUUGUAGGUCUGUAUUUGUUGGCAGACAUUGCUUAAAUUUGGUUUUAUCAUGGAAUGUCUUAUUUUCCCCAUCUAUUUUGAUUCAAGGUUUUGCUGAGUAUAGUCACCUGGCUGGCAUCUGUGGUCUCUAAGAGUCUGUAAAACACCUAUCCAGGCCCUUCUGGCUUGUAAAUUCUCCACUUAGAUGAGUCAGGUGUUAUCCUAAUGGGUCUGCCUUUAUAUGUUACUCGGUCUUCUUCUCCAGCAUCUCUUCAUAUUCUUUCUUUGUUUUGUACAUUUAGUGGCCUGAUUAUUAUGCGCUGAUGGGAUUUUCUUUUUUGUUCUACUCUAUUUGAUUUUCUAUACGGUUCUUGUAUUUUGAUAGCCAUCGCCUUCUUUAGGCUAAAGGAAUUUUACUCUGUGAUUUUAUCGAAACUGUAUGCUGUGCCAUUGACCUUCUCCUUCUUCUAGUAUUUUUAAAUUUGUUCUUUCAUACAGUAACUGAUUUUCUGGAUUUUUUUUGCCUGGACUUUUUUUACAUUUUCUUUGACCAAAGUAUCCAUUUCUUCUAUUAUAUCUUUAAUACCUAAAAUUUUCUCUUCUAUCUCUCUCUCUCUUUUUUGUUUGUUGGUUUUGUUUUUUGGUGUGUCUUGCUUAUGAGGUGCCUAUCUGAGUUCUGAAUUUUUUAUUUCCAAUUUUCUUUCCAUUUGAGUUUUUAUUUAUUGAUUUUUUUUGUUGUUGUUUUAAUUUAUUUAUUUAUUAUAUAUACAGUGUUCUGUCUGCAUGUAUGCCUGCAGGCCAGAAGAGGGCACCAGAUCUCAUUACAGAUGGUUGUGAACCACCUUGUGGUUGCUGGAAAUUGAACUCAGGACCUCUGGAAAAAUAGCCAGUGCUCUUAACCUCUGAGCCAUCUCUCCAGCCCUAUUUAUUUAUUUUUUAAUUCUAUUUUAGAUUCUAUUUCCAUCUUGAGUUCUCAAAUGUUAUAUUCAUUUUAUUUCACUAUUUCUUUGUGUUUUCACAGAUUUCUAUAAGAAAUUUAUUCAUGGCUUCUUUAAGGAGCUCAAAAGGCUGUUUUAAGGUCUUGUUCUUCAGCUAUGUUACAACACUCAGGGCCUGCUUUGGAUCAGUUGCUAGGCUCUAGUGGAGAUAUAUAUUUCCUGGCUGUAUUGAUUAUGUUUUUAAGCUGGCAUCUAGUCAUCUGGGUUUGGGAAGAUUGUCAUUCUAGGGUUUAUUAUAUGGUCUUAUCUUGCUUGGAUUCGUGUUUUGUUCCUUGGUUUCCUUUGCCUUCUAUGGUUCUUAGCAGAGUGUAGUGGGUAUGUGUUGCCAAGCACACAGUUCUUCUGGGAAUUUGAUAAGUGGGGCACUGAGGUUUCCAGAUAAAAUAUGUUUGUAGGCAUUGGGAGUUCGCACUUAGGAAUGGGGAUAAGCUGGGCGCUGGGUAAUGAUGUCAUCCACAGGAAGGAUGAAUGAAGGGGGUCCUACCAGGUUCUGCUUGGUCCCUUGGUAUAUGCAGCCUACAGUAUGGAGAGACCACAGCAGAUCUUCAUGUAGCCUACCCGCUUUUGCUGAGCAAAGUGAAUUUCAGGUUCCCAGGGAAUGUGUGUUGGUUUUGGGGGCUGGGAUAUAACAAUGAGUGGGUCUAAGGAAGUUUUUAGAUCUGUGUGAUCAACUGAAGAAAGGGGCAGAGAAAAAGGGGAAUCUGGAGCAGGUGGUCUGCUGCAGAGUUUGGAAUGAGACUGGGGGAUUUGAUUUAAGGGAAUGGAGGGAGAGGUGGAAAUUUGCAGUUAACCUACCUGCUUCCCUGGCCUGAGUGGCUGUAAGGUUCAUUGGAAAUUCUUCUGGUGUUUGGGCUGGUUAAAGUGAUGAAUAUGGGAAAAGAAAUUAGUAGUCAAUGGGGCCCAGCCCAGCCCAUGGCGGGUGAUGCAGUCCCUGGGCUGCUGGUCCUGGGUUUUAUAAGAAAAUAGGAUGAGCAUGCAAAGGGAAGAAAGGCAGUAAGCAGCUUACCUCCGUGGCCUCUGCAUCAGCUCCUGCUUGCAGAUUCCAGCCCUGCUUGAGUUUCUGUUCUGACUUCCUCCAAUGAUGGACUAUGAUAUGGAAAUGUAAGUCAAAUAAACCCUCUCAUCCCCAA